AUGACUCCGCUGCAUAUUUGCUGCGCCGUUGGAUGUACGGGGGGUGCAGCGGCAAUACUGCAAUAUAUAGGAAAUCCAGCAGCAGCAGCAGCAACAGCAGCAGCAGCAGCUGCUGCAGGUGCACAUGCAGCAGGAGAUGCAGCAGUGGCAGCCGAUGCAGCGGUAGGAAAAGCACAGAAUGCAGCAGCAGCAGGAGCAGCCGAAGAUGCAGCAGCAGCAGCAGCAGAAGAUGCAGCAGCAGCAGCAGCAGCAGAAGCAGCAGCAACAGCAGCCGCCGCCGCCGCCGCAGCAGCAGCAGAUGAAGAUAAACCCUCAAUAAAAGAUGCAAUUAAUAGUGUUACUCAAUCAGGAGGAACUCCUCUUCUUUAUGCAGCAUCUAAAGGACAUUUAGACAUUGUUAAACUGCUGCUGCAGCACGGAGCAGAUGUUAAUAGAAAAGGGUUUGGCAAUCAUACUGCGAUUUGCCGCGCAAUAACUGCUGGGAGAAAAUCUGUUGUUCAAUUUCUCUUGGAUGUGCCGGGGAUUGAUUUAACUGUAAAGGAGACAGGAUCAGCAGACAACCUCUUACACUUGGCUGUUAAUUCUGGCUACGCGGAUAUUUAUUGGGAUAUCGCUGAUCGAGCGCCUGAACUUGAAGACCAAAAAAAUAACGUUAGACAAUCGUAA